AUGUCUCUGAACCCGACGAAGAAACCAGUAUUGGCGCUUGUGGGCGUUGGGCCUGGCAUCGGAGAGGCCGUCUCACGCCACUUUGCCGGUCAAGGCUAUGCCGUCGCUUUGAUUGCCCGCACCGAAACCAAGCUCCAGACCAUACAAGAUGCCAUCAACAAGGACUACGGAAAUGGGGCCGCAAAGUACUACGUUACCGACGUGCGCAGCGAGCAGAGUGUGCUCUCGACCUUUGCAGCAAUCAAGUCAGAUCUAGGUCCUGUCAGUGUCAUGGUGUACAAUGCUGCUUCCCGGCGCAUCUACCCCAGAUCUACACUCGAGACAACCACCGAGGAAUUCGAGAGUUUUAUGAAAAUCAACCUCUUCGGCGCCUUUUGGUCAUCUAAGGCUGUCAUCCCUGAUAUGCUAGAAGCUGGACACGGAACCAUCCUCUUCACCGGAGCGACUGCGGCAUUACGUGGCGCCGCCGGCCUGAGUAGCUUCGCGCCCGGAAAAUUCGGCCUCAGAGCUCUAUGUCAAAUUCUCACGCGCGAGUUUCAGCCAAGGGGGAUCCAUGCCGUCCACAUAAUAGUGGAUGGCCCUGUGGAUACUAACAUUAUAGGUGGCGUUUCACGGCGCAAAUGGGCACGAGACGGAGAGACUCAUAAGUUGGCGGAUCUGGACGCUUACCUCAUGAAACCCGAGGACCUCGCGAAGAUGUAUUGGUAUCUACAUACUCAGCCACGGAGCACUUGGACACAUGAACUGGAUGUCAGAUCUCAGAAGGAGGCCAUGUUCUCGAAGCUCUGA